CACAAAGGCGCAGCUGUGGCGCGAAAGUGGCGCGCGGGUGUGGUUUAUACAGUCUCGUGCUGCUUUUCUGCAGUAGGUGUAAAUAGACGCUAUUUUUUUUUUUUUUUUAAAGUCUUAGUUUGUUUUUGUUUUUCUCCCCAUCGUUCCCGGUCCUGAUUCUGGGUUUAUAAAACGCAAACCCAGGCGUCCUUCUGGCCGUUGGAGAUUAUUUUCGUCUCCUUUGUUCCGGAAGUUCAAUUGUUCGCUUUCUUUGUCCUUCAGCACUGGAUUCUGCUUCAUGUUCUUCUUCACGUUCUUCUUCUCCUGCUCUUUAAUCCGGACGUGAACAGAUGAGACGGUUGUGACUCUGGUUGUGUGUGUGUGGAUUAAACAUGGAGUGUGAUCACCACCAGCACUACUUCUACGACGAGAUGGACGGAAGGAUCGAAGACUUCUUUACGUCCACGGCGCCCAGCGAGGACAUCUGGAAGAAGUUUGAGCUCCUCCCCACGCCGCCCGUGUCCCCCUCCAGGACCUUCCCCACGGGCCGCUCCUUACUCCCGCCGCCGGCGUCGGAGCGGAGCAUGUGGGCAUCGGACGAUUACGGCGUGCUUCCUCUGAAGAAGCUCGAUCCGCUGGACGUGUUCGGGAACCUGAGCUCGGUGGUGAUUAAGGACUGCAUGUGGAGCAGCGGCUUUAACGCCACCAGAGUGAGCCCUCGCUCAGAAACGCACCAGAACGAGCUCGCGCACGUGAACGCACCACGCAUCCCGAGCGCAGCGAGACAGGCUGACGUGCAGGUCACGAGGUGCGUGAACCCCGCGGCCAUCCUCAACCUGCCCGUGUCCCAGUCCAAAAAAACCCCGGCGUCCUCAGGAUCCGAGUCGCGCUCGGACUCGUCCGAUGAUGACGAGAUCGACGUGGUGACGGUGGAGAACCGGCUGAAGAAGCGCACUCGCACGCCCAUCACCAUCGCCGUGAGCGCCGACCCGCACGGCCCGCGCAAGAAGCACUUCCACAUCUCUCUGCACCGGCAGCAGCACAACUACGCCGCUCCGUCUCCCGAAUCCGACGACGAACACCACCGGCUCCGCCCCAGCGAUGACGACUACGACGAAGAAGAGCCGCUCGGCGAGCGAGCCCGGGUCGACCCUCCGCUCUUAUCUGCUCCGUCGUCCUCGUCCUCCUCCUCUUCUCCGGCUACCUCGGACUCCGAGGACUCCACCGAGCAGCGCAGGAACUUCCUGGAGAGGAAGAGGCGGGACGACCUGCGCUCUCGCUUCCAGAUGCUCCGGAACGAAAUCCCGGGUCUGUCGGAGUCGGCAAAAACCUCCAAGGUGGCCAUCCUGACCCACGCCACGGAGUACCUGCUGCAGCUGAAGGCGCGAGAGAGACGGCAGGCGCAGGAGAGGAAGAAACUCCGGGCCAGGAGACAGCUGCUGCUGCGCAAAAUCAGCGCCCUGAAGAAGCCAUGAACUCGAUCAGAUGUGUAUUUAUCCUCAAUAUAAAAGGUUACAGAUGUGGUGGGUUUUUUUUUUUUCAGCGUAAAGCUGACACACACACACACACACACAAACACACACACACACACACACACUUUUAUGCAAAGAUGUCGAGUCAAAUUCAGAAGUUACAAAUAAACUAGACCCAAUUACCUGAGACGCGCGCGGCGAGAAAUGCGGCGCAGGUAAACCCCGCGGAGAUAUCUAACCCGAGUGCACGCGGCCUUGCAGAGCGGGAAACGCCCACCGCGCGCUUUACGCAAACUGACUGAGAAAUAAAACCUAUAAACUCCUGCAGGAACCAAAAUCCGAACUGUACCGGCGUCUGAUCCGGAGGAUCCUGUAGAAUCCGGAGAUUCUCGCACGGAGAUCGGAGUGUAUCAUGCUGUGAUUAGAUCGUGGGGAUCGUCGUGUCGUCGCUGUUUACUCAGGACUGGAGCGGGGGGGGG